AUGAAGGAAUGACCCUGGUCCACAAGAGGAUUUUUCUGGUUCGGGCAUGCAGAAACCCUGAUUCCUGUUGUCACGGCCCUCGGUCUUUUUAACGGUUCAGUAAUGCAGAGUCAAAGUGAUGGUUACUGGGACAGCAAAAAGGAAGAUUCGGAGCCUGACAUCUAUAUGACGGCUCGUGGCCUUCGCCAACGGAUGGAAGCUAUCUCCAAACUAAGCACAAGAGACCGGACUGGCAUGGAGUGUCAUCGAUGUGACGCUAUGCCCGGUGGCGUCUUCCGGGCCGGAUUAGUUUCACCCUUCUCCGGGAAUUUGGCCUUCCAUCUAUACUUUUGUCCAAUAGGCCGAUCAGUAGAUGCUCAUGCAGGCCUUCCUCCAAUCAAUGAGCUGUCCAAUUAUCGAGUCCAACUAUAUCUGAAUGAGAAACCCAUCCACUGGCCAUGUGACCGUCUUGAGUCCAUUUUCGAUUCAAAUCCAGAUGAGCUUCCGCCACGACUUGAUCAUCUACUAGAAGCGUAUGCCUUUUGCCUUCCUGGGGUUUACAAUCACUCGGAGACGUGUAGAUAUCCUGAAGAGGCUGUUCAUGAAGACUUAUGA